AUAUUUUUUUUAUUCAACAAAAAUGUCAGUGAUCAAAAACAAUGUCUGCCCUUCAUGUUUAUGAUGUAGGCUGCUAAUUCGAAAUUAAAAACCAACAAAAACUCAAGUCUCAAGCUACUAAAACCAGGAAUCUCACAAAAAUAUUCUAAAAUUUCUAAAUAACAAAAUAAUUUAAAAUAGCCUAUGAAUGUACUUUAUCACUCUGAUCAUUUAUCACCAUCAUCAUCAUCAUCAUCACCAUCAUCGCACCUUCCACCUUCGUGGAAGCCCGAGAUGCUGUACUCUAUCUUUCACAGUAUGCAAUAAGUCAACAAACAUGAUAUUAGAGAGAAAAUAAAAUAAAUAAAUAAUAAAAACCCCAAUGUGACUUAGAACUCAGGGAAAAAGUCGUUUAAUCUGAUUUAAUUCUGAACUCGGGUUUUCUAAGAAAUUUUAAAGUAAAUGAUCACUUUUAUAAAUUAUGGUUGUUUUAAUAUCAUGUAUAGGCUACAUAAUGCCAGGUGUGAUGUGCCACACGAUGGUGCUAUCUUCUCAUCAUUAAGCGUUGUAAUGAUUUAUGUAUAAACUUAAUUUUAAAGAUAAGGAAACAUUUAUGCUGCUCUUUGCUAAACGCGAUCUGGUAAAUGUUGUUAUAGCUAAUAUGUUACUUAAUGGAAGUUAAAGGAGGACUUUAAUGAAAUGUAUACAUAUUUGGGUCAUUUGCUCUAACUUCAACAUUUCCACCAAAUUCAUCCGAGAUGUUUGUCCCUGUGUGUGACUGUAGAUCAUUUCUCGGGGAUGAUUGAAACAUGUUCUGAUUUUUUGACGUGAUGAGCUGCAGCGCGUGCCUUCCCGUCGCCACUACUCGCGUUCAUCUCAGUCGGCUACGGUCCAUUGCUGCCUGUCCAGCCAAUCAUAGUUUUUGACGACACAAAAGAAGCUAAAGUUGGAGUAUAAAAAGGUGCGCGCUAAUAAAGCAUGACUCCUGUCAGCGCGCCUCAUUCAUCCAAACUCGGUUCUGAGGCGCACCAAGUCAAGCGCGCAUCAGAGGAUCUUUAUUUACGUUUUCUUCUUAAAAACAAACAAAUAAACCAAAAUCACCGAACUUCACGGGUUUUAGACGAUGCAUCUGUCUCAGAUUGCGCUGUAUCUCUGCUUGACUGCUUUGGGUUCAGUCGUUCUGAGCGACCAGGAGACGCACCAGCAGCCGUCAGCCUCCUCCAGCCCCGCGGACUCUGAGCAGUGCACAAGCUGCGAGGUACGGCAGCAGAUCAAGACAAUGCGAUUAAACGCAAUAAAGUCCCAGAUUCUGAGCAAACUGCGGAUGAAGGAAGCUCCAAAUAUCAGCCGCGACGUUGUGCAGCAGCUUCUGCCCAAAGCGCCGCCGCUGCAGCAGCUGCUGGACCAGUACGAUGUGCUGGGAGAUGACAGCAUGGAUGGGGUUAUGGAGGAAGACGAUGAGCAUGCAACCACGGAGACAAUUAUGAUGAUGGCUACGGAACCCGAGCCCGUUGUUCAGGUGACUGGACAGCCAAAAUGCUGCCUUUUCUAUUUCAACGACAAGUUUCAAGCCAACCGGAUCGUCCGCGCGCAGCUCUGGGUGCAUCUGCGCGAGGCGGACGAGGCAAGCACCGUGUUCCUGCAGAUCUCCCGCCUCACGCCGGUCACGGACGGGACCAGGCACAUACGGAUCCGCUCGUUGAAAAUCGACUUGAACGCUGGGGUCAGCUCUUGGCAAAGUAUAGACGUGAAACAAGUGCUGGCCGUGUGGCUGCGGCAGCCGGAGACCAACUGGGGCAUCGAGAUCAACGCUUUCGACUCCCGGGGGAAUGAUUUAGCCGUGACCUCCACAGAGCCUGGAGAGGAGGGACUGCAACCGUUCAUGGAGGUUAAAAUCUCUGAGGGCCCCAAGCGUGUCAGGAGAGACUCGGGUCUGGACUGUGAUGAGAACUCUCCGGAGUCCCGGUGCUGCCGCUACCCCCUUACGGUGGACUUUGAGGAUUUUGGUUGGGACUGGAUUAUUGCCCCAAAGCGCUACAAAGCCAACUAUUGCUCUGGGGAAUGUGAAUACAUGCACCUGCAGAAGUACCCCCACACUCACCUAGUGAACAAAGCCAACCCCAGAGGGACCGCAGGCCCCUGCUGUACCCCCACCAAGAUGUCGCCCAUCAACAUGCUCUACUUUAACCGCAAAGAGCAAAUCAUCUAUGGUAAGAUUCCCUCAAUGGUGGUAGACCGCUGCGGCUGCUCCUGAGUGAAGGAAGAUGAAGACCCCACCAAACAUCAGACUCUCUGACACAAUCCACCAGUUCCUGUGCUUUCCUGCAGACCACGGUGCAAUAGAGGCAGCGUUAAGGCCACAAACCGCCCGAUCUUCCUGCUGGGCAGCGCUUUCAUGACUGGCAUUCUGUAGCACCAAUAUCUUUUUCCUUCAGUCACUCUUAGUCAUACACACACACACACACACACACACACACAUGAUGGGGAAGAUCAAAGUUAUCCAAAAAUGUCUUUUUUUCACACUUUCCAUAUAAACAGCAGCCUGAUUACACUCCAUGACGUCACAGCCAAGACACAAACCUGUUGCUACGCUUUGUGAGUUUAUUUUCUGAAAUUUUGUCUCGAAACACACUGAGACUCUUUGAAGUGAUGUUUCACUCUGGCAGAAUGAUCCCAGAAGUAUAAAUGAACAUUUUUAUCAUGAGUAAAACUCAGAAUCAGUGAAUAGCAUCCUAAAAGCAAGCGGUGGAAGUGAAACCUUUCCCUGCAGGGUGAAGUACCACUUUAGGCCUUGACAGGUUGUGAUUUUUGACCCAAACGCGCUCCAGAACCAGUCACAUCCAGCUCAAACUGCCCGACACACUUGAACUCUUCUGAUUGUAAUUUCACCUUGGUGGACUGAAGGACUUGAACUGAAGGCUUGAAGAAUGCAACCUGAGAAACUGUUGAAGACAGAGAAAAAGAUGAAUGAAUGUUGAGACACAAACAACAGUUUGCACUAUGGCACACCAAUAGAAAGAGUUGGUUGCUACAAAAGUUGUAAAAACUGAUUUUGAUAUGUUUGCUAACUUGUUUUGUUUCUGUUAGUUGUCUUUCUAAGCCACUGACGGAUGUAGAGAACCACAACACGUAACACAGCAACUUUAUAUACUUGUUUAACAAAUAAACUCUCUAGCUCGUU